AUGCCCUCCGCCCAAAACUCGCGCUCUCCCACUCCCACCCCAGCCCCCAGAACCCGCUCCGCUACACGUGCGACGGCCGCGGCCGGGGAAUCCGCGGCCGGCGCAGUGACCCCCCGAAUGCAGACCCAGACGGUCGCUCAGCCACCCCCGUCCCAACGGCUGAGAGCUAUCCAGGCCGCGCUUGAAAAGACAAAGGAAACCACUGCUAGCCAGAUUGACAGCGGCAGUAACCAAGGAGAGCCGGAAAGCGGCGGCAUAGUGCCCGAGCAACCCGACGCGGCUGCCGCCACCGCCGCGCAGGGGGCUGAAAUCGGCACCCCGCCCGGACUCCCCAUCCCGACCAGUCUAUUCCCCAGCCCCGCUGCCCCAGAGGGAGUCGAGUACGAUGAAAUCGCCAGCGAAGCGCGCACCCCGCCGGCGCUGCCUUUCUGGGAGACAGCAGACCGCACCCCGAUGUCCCCGGCGCUGUCCAACUUCUCCAUCCACGGAGCGGGAAGCGUGUCCUCGAGCUGCCUCGCCGACGACGUAGGCGACCACCUCUGCAGCGGCGGCAGACUAGAGGACCUUGUCACCGACCGCGUAGACCGCUACGGUCGCCCUCUCCCCGGGUACGACGAGCUCCAGCAGGAACAGGAGCGCAAGCGCAAGCGACUCCGCACAGACGGAGCCGAGGCAUCGCCGCCCAACAUCGUCCUGCGUUUCCGCAAGUACAAAGACGUACCGACGCCGAGGACUAAGGCCGAAAAAGUCGCGAACUGGGUCCCCUUUGGACACACCCCUCCGAGCACCUCCCCCGCACCGAAGUUCGUCUCCGCUGAAGUCAUACAUGCCGAAUGGCUGCGCAAACAAGCAGAGGAGAGCGCGCAGGCUCCGCAACCGCAGGACGCGCAGGCUGGAGAACCCGUGGCGUUCCCGACAAGCUCUCAGCUCCCACGCGGGCCCCCCUCCCCGCACCUCCGUGACGAGGACUACGCACCGCUGCGCCACCCCGUAUCGGGCAACCUAGCCUAUGAGGACAUCCCACCGCGCGGCGCCGGCGACAUGGAAGUAGACCCAGAGGACCUCCCCGCCGAUCCUGUCGCCCACCCCCCCGUCGCCGCGGCACCGCGAGCAGCCCCAGCGCGGCCACCCACCGCCGGUGAACCUCGAAAUGAACACACUGCGGGUGGUGGCGCAACAGCGGCGCUCGUCCCCGCCGCUCCACUUGUCCCCUCGGCUCUGAGAACCCGCGCCCAGACAGCGGCGGGCCCAGCCCACGCGAGCGCCCCCCCGGACAGCCCCUGGGGACAGGACCUACGCCCCUCCGCGUGGCACGACAGAGGAGAGCUCCCGCAAGUACCGUCUCUGCGGAUGGUGACGCCGUCCCCCGCGCUAGCACAACCGCCGGCCUUCGUCUUCACCCCCAAACCCAGAGGAGGCUUCCCGCGCAUUUACUUCGCAAACCCCGAGUCGCUGGUCGAAGGCCUGGACCCCCUGAGGGUCGACGACCUAUGGGAGGAAGGAAAGCGCAUCAUCCUUAUCGGACUCUUCAACAUCGGGUACCCGAAGGCGGGCAUGAACGCCCCGCUCACGAGGCUCCUGACCGAAGCACUGCGGCAGAUCACGAAGGAGACCGACUUUGCGGUAAUCGCGCCCGAGCCUCCGUGGGGCCUCAAGCCCCCGCCAUCCAAGCUCCCGAGAGUCUGGGCGAUUGAAGGCCUGUCCGACGGCUCGGCGACCAAAGUCGUUGAGGGCUUCGUCUGGUCUAGUAAGCAGCUCUCUUUCUCUGCCCACAAGCGCGAGCUGCGGCUGCCCGAGUUGCUCAUCACCCUGGGACCAUACUACCAAAACUACGACAACGACAUCGAGUCGUCGAUCCAGGCGACUUUCAAGAGCGACCUCAUCCUGCCGAGGAUAGAGGACUACGUGGCCGAGAACGAGGACUACAAGCACCUCAGCACCGACGACAUCGCGGCGGUGGCCCUGACUGUCGCCAACUCUGUCCGUGUUAACCUCGAGGAAUACACCCCCGGCGGGUUCAUCGCCUCGGUCUUCUGCGCCUCCCCAUGCAAGGAGAGCGAGGAGUGGCUAGACUGGCGCGAGUACGUCAAGACCGUCCCAUUCCGCACCAAGUACAACCCCACCCGGACUGCGCGGCCGACGGACACCUGCGGGUACUGCCGCGGCGCCGACCACGUCACCCACACCUGCCCUUUCCCCAAGGUGCCCGGAUGGAACGGGCCACCCGUUGGCUCGCAGAUGUACGGUACGCCUGCGACGCCCACCCCAGGCGCGCCCACGGCCCAUCCCGCGAACAUGGGGCCCUCGCAGACGAACACUGCCCCAGUCUUCGACGGACCCGCGCGCUUCCACGGACAGACGCCCCAGCACAACCCCUACCAGAACGAGCAGCCCGGACGCUUCCCAGACCAAGGCUGGGGGGAGUACGAGGCCCAGCGCAACUCGCGCGGACGCGGUGGUAGGGGCGCGAUGAUGGGCCCCCCGCGCGGCGGAUACAACACGCGCGGCGGGGGAAGGGGUCGCGGCAAUGGCUACGGCCGCCCCCAGCACGACGACGGCUCAUACCAGUAG